AUGUACUUACCUCUUUUAAGGAGUCAUCAUCACGACAACGUUUUCCCAUAUGUUACAAACACUUCCGGGGUGGAUCCCGUUAUUCGACUAAAUGAUCGACCGGUUCAACCGGAUCCUACAAAACAUAUUUAUCAAGAAAAGAAAUUAUCUCGGUGCACAAAUCUGACUUACCCUGCUCGGGAAUGGAUGUUGCUUUCUUCAUGUUCUAGUUUUCGGGUUGCAAUAGCACUUGCAGAGCCAGUUUUGUAUUUACCGGGAACCACUACAAAUGAAAUUGAAAGUGAAAAAUCAGCAGUAUUGCGUGGAUCUCUCUGCUUACAUGUAUUGAAGCCUGUCAAGAUUCGUAAAGUGCAGCUAACUCUUCGAGGGAAAGCUAGGACCGAGUGGCCUGAAGGAAUUCCUCCAAAGUUAUUUGAAACAUACGAGGAACACAGUCUUUUAUCGCAUUCUUGGUUAUUUUUUCAUAGUGAUAAUGCAGGAAAUAACACGAGUCAUGGGGCCGUAUGGCACAAGAUUAUCCCUACUUAUAUAGACGAACAGCACUAUCCGAGAACACCUGAAUGUUUCUAUCCAGGCGAAUAUGUGUACCAUUUUGAGUUACCCAUUUCUUGCUCCUUUCCGGAAUCUAUUCAUAUGGAUAUGGGGAGUGUAAAUUAUUACUUGGAGUCCCUUGUUGAUCGUUAUGGUACCUUUUCCGGAAAAAACACUGGGCGCAUGGGCUUGGAACUUAUUCGAAGUCCCUGUAGCUCUAAUAUUGCUACUGCUGAGCCUAUCAUCGUUUCGAAAAACUGGGAAGAUCGUCUCAAAUAUGAAAUCCAAUUGGGGGAAAAAUCUCUCAUUAUGGGACAACUGAUUCCUAUCACAUUUAAAUUUACUCCUCUUGGUAAUGUUCAGAUCCAAAAGAUUCGUCUGUUUUUAAUGGAAAGAAGAUACUAUUACUGCCGACAACGGACAAUUCGCCGUAAAGAGAAAACCAGACAAUUGUUAUUGUACGAACGAUCAGCUCCUCGUGAUGAGUGUUUGCUUUCUCAGUGGAAAACGUUGGGAGGGAACAAUUAUGAAAUGGCUGAUCAAUUGCGGAUUCCUGGUUGUCAUGAUAUGUCUGCAAACAUUGUACAUUUUGAUACCACUUAUCCAAAUAUCCGAGUUACCCAUACUUUACGAACGGUGCUUCGGUUUUCAUGUAAUGAUUCGCCAGAAUUGAUGGGUGAUGCAAAGUUUUUAGAAAUUUGUAUUGAUUCUCCCGUUCAACUAUUAUCCUGUCGUUGCUCACAAGACUCUACCAUCUUACCUGCUUAUUGUGCUCGCGUGCCAUCUAGUGAAGUUCUUUGUGCGUAUGAAGGCACACCAAUUUACGAUCCUUCUUCCUUUUUAAAUAACAAUCUUCCGGAAGUUGUCGGUACAUCUUCUCCAACCGUUGAUGAAUGGCCGUCAGUCUCUUUUCAGGUGCCUCCACCUAAAUAUGAUGAUAUUUUUGAUGGUGGUUUAAAUGAAUAG